UUCUCAUUAACUUCCUUGGCUAACAAGAUAUUGUAGUCUAUUGUCAUUGGCUGAGAUCAUAGUUCCCAUGACAACUCCUUUUAGGUGCAAACAAACCCGCCGCUGUUCAAACAACGAUUUUCUAUAGCGUGAAAGGUGAUAAUUAAUGAGAAAAAGUCGUGUUUUAUGUUAUAAGGUUUUUCAUUACAUAGUUCUGACAUUACUGCUGUCGGAUAAUGUAGCUAUCCCUCUGGCAGAAUUCACUUCAAUGAAUUUAUCAUAUUGGUAUUUUUAGUUCACAUUUUGAGUGUCUGCACUUGAAACCGAACUACCAGCUUUGCAAAUAAACAUUUUCAAAUACAGCUUUGAUGGCUAACAUGAACAUACACAAUUCUCCCUUAAACUUUGGCAUAUAAGGACAUUUCGUCAAUGCUUUAUUGGUAGAUUGGUGGUCAACAAACUUCAAGAAGACUUUUCCUUGCCUUUUAUAGAUGGAAUAUUCUAUUUUUUCAACUUCAUGCACUUGAAGACAUCUUACUGCAGCUCUCAAAGAAAGUAAUGUCUUGUACUCUUUAAACCAUUGGGUGGUAUUCCAGAUCGAUUCUCUGCCUGGGAAUCUUGAAGUAAACUGUUACUUAGUUGAUAUUAUCUCAGAGAAUAUUGGAAAGUCUUCACUGAAAGGUCUGAAGCGUUAUUAAAGAAGAUAUACCAUCGACAUUUUAAGUAAUCAUAUUUAAAAAUUGGAUCGUUGCAACUGAUCAUUUUACCAUCAAACAUCAGCGAAGCGUCAUGGAAACCAAAUCAAUGUCAGGAGUCAACUCUACCGGAAUCACCGAAACUAGGGCAGACUUCAAGCGUUUUGAGAUUCAAGACUUUGAUAUUAUUUUUGGCGUUCUUUACGGAGUUAUUGUACUGCUAGGACUAAUUGGAAAUAUUCUUGUUGUAGCAGUUGUGAAACGAACUCCAUCAAUGCAUACAACAACUAAUUUUCUCCUCGUUAACCUAGCGGUGGCUGACAUAAUAACACUUCUAUGGAACCCACGAACCUAUAGUUUUGCCUUUUACCCCAUCCACCCUAGAGGAGUUCUGGGUGACUAUAUUUGUAAGUUUUUCACUGGUAAUGCUGUCAUAAGUGUUGCAAUUGGUGCUUCAGUGUUCACGCUUUCCACAGUUGCGGUAGAAAGAUACCACGCGCUCGUAAAACCAAUGAAAAGACUCCGAAUCCAAGCAGAGAGCGUGAAGUAUGUUAUUACAGUCAUAUGGGCUGUAGCUUUUCUGAUUACGAUUCCCGAUUUUAUAGCAGUUCACUAUGAUGUGCGAUAUAAUCGUUGUAUAUGUCCAUUUAGUUUGGAAGCAGCGAAUGAGCUAAGAGUCCAUGUUCUCUGCACUGUUUCUUUCCUCGGUGUUCUUCCAUUUAUGGUAUUGGGAUUUUGUUACCUUCAAAUUAUCCGAGGAAUCUUCUUUCAAAAGACCAUAAUAGGCCAGGCUCAAGGGGAAGAGGACACCAAGUCGAAAAAGAAACUCGCGAAGCUGUUAAUCUCUGUGACUUUGGCGUUUUAUACUUGCUAUCUCCCAUAUGGUACAUUCAUCUCAUUUAUCGCUCUUUCGAAUAAGACUGAUGUCAUCAAGCAUCAAGACACCUACAUUAUAUGUCUUAAAGUAGUCGAGUUCCUAGUGACAUGCUCGUCUUUUUUAAACCCAAUUCUCUACGCUUUUCAGAGUACAAAUUAUCGACAGGGUUUCAUGGCCAUUUUCCGUCUGUCUGUCCAGAAUAGCAUGCUACUUACUAGUUGUAAAGGUGUGCGGAAGGGAGAAACUGAAAAAGACAAAGUUUUGAAGAGUUCUCCCUCAUUGGGACGAAGCCCAUUUUUUGGCCGACAGUUAUUUAAUUUGAAUCGAGUGAGCGUUGCCAGUGACAUUACAUUAGGGGAGCUUAAUUACCAAAGUCUCCGUACGAGUAAUGUUAGUUUUCAGUUUGUUAAUACUGAACGAUCGCCAUCAUCUCAUAACGCAGUUGACAGCUAUUUAGAUUUGAGAAAGAAAGAUGUAAAUGGUAAAGAAAUCGCAGAUAAUUUUGAUAAUUCACAUGAAAAACAAUCUUCUAUAGCUUCAAAAAGGAGGCAAAAAGUUAUGGCUUGGGAAGACAAAGAUACCGUUCAGCUGCAAUAGAAUAAUAAAAAUCCCAGUCAACCGAUGGGAAGGCCGAGUUCAGACAGAAAUUCUGUUAAAUAUCUGCAAAAAUCAAUUAGAAAAAAUCAAAUUAGUCACUCACGCCUGACAAGAGCAUCUUCUAGGGACAAGAAAUACACGAAAGAUUCCUGGACUCAUUUUUGUUCGAUAAUCUUUUCUCUUGUUAUGGCACAUGAGCCUGCAGUGGCGCAAAAGCUGAAUUUGCAAGUUUGGAAUAAUAAAGAUUUCUCAGGGAGACUCCAACUUAUUCAUUUACGUUUCAUUUAUCUAAUAUAAAAAUGAAAUUGCCAGCACUUACAAGAACCAGUAUGUAUAAACACUAGAAAAGUUUCUUUUGUGUGUUUUCACGAUGUGUAAUUACAAAACGCAUAUAAAGAAAUAAUUUUUAUAUAUAAGAAAUCGUGUGCUGAAGAA